AUGGGAAAUUUGAACCCCAAAUUCUAUAAAUCGCACGUGUUCAAUGGUUCCCAACGCUCCAACAUUGGCGUUCAAAGAACUACUGUUGAAUACUUCCUCGAUUACAAUUGUCCUUUUUCUGCAAAAAUAUUCAAAAAACUUAAUAAUGAACUUCUCCCAAUUUUAAAGAGUAAGGGAAUUGAUAACAAAUUUGAUAUUACAUUUGUGAAUGUUGUCCAGCCUUGGCACCAUCUCAACUCAGGUGCAUCUCAUGAAGUGGCUCUCGCUGUGGCACAGGCAUAUCCUACUCAAUUUUGGAAGUUUUCGAGCGUCCUAUUUGAGCACAUUGAGGAAUUUUAUGAUACUGAAUUGUAUGAAACUACUAGAAAGCAGCUUUAUGCAAAACUUAUCAAGCUCGCAGUUGAGAAUCUAGAGGAUGUGGAUGCCAAGAAACUCUGGAGUCUUGUUGAAAUUAAACCAUCGUCUGAUGGUAAGCCUCACAAUUCUGGUAAUGAAGUCACUAAUGACCUUAAGUAUUUCACAAGGUAUGAGAGAACCCUUGGUGUUCAUGUGACUCCGACCGUUGCGGUGAAUGGUAUUAUCAAACCAAACAUAGAAUCUUCUACGGACUCUAGUAGAGUUGCCACAAUACUCGAAAAUGGAUUAUAA